AUGCGGCCUGAGGACAGCUCUACACAAGCAAUAUCCAAUGGCCACAAUGGUGAGACCAACGGCGCUUCGCUCAAGAAGGCUUUACAGCCUGCGCUCAACGGGCACGACAGAUCAGCCACUAAUGGUGCGAGUUUUGCCGCCAAUGGUGCCACAAAGAAGACCAGCCCGGUAAGAACCACAGCACAGUGGCAUGGCCACAACCGUGAGGAAAUCACCAGGAUCCUAAUCCAAGGCUUGAAUGAUCUUGGAUACACCAGUGCAGCAGAUGUGCUUGCCGACGAGAGUGGCUUUGAAUUGGAGAGUCCUUCGGUCGCAGCCUUCAGAUCAGCGGUGCUUGAUGGGCGAUGGAAUCAAGCUGAGUCGAUAUUGCUUGGCACGGGAUCUGGUGCUGAAAGCGCUGAUCAAAAUCAAGGUGGUGGACUCGUUCUCAAAGAAGGAUUCAACCGAGGCCAGAUGCUGUUCUCAAUACGCGAGCAGAAGUUUCUCGAACUUCUGGACCAGCGAGAACUGAGUCGAGCAUUAACGGUCCUGAGGACAGAAUUGACUCCACUUGACUAUGAUAUGCACAAAUUGCACGCUUUGUCAACCUUACUGAUGUGUCCGCCUGAGGAUCUACGAUCCAGGGCCCACUGGGCAGAUACGAUCGAGCAGGCGAGGCUCAAAUUGCUGCAAGACCUUUCUCGAUCUAUUGCACCAUCGGUCAUGCUCAGAGAACACAGGCUUGCUGAGCUCUUCGCCCAGGUGAAGCAGGCUCAAAUCAAUCAAUGUCUAUACCAUAACACCUCCGUUGCCCCAUCGCUAUACGACGAUCAUGACUGCAGCCGCGACGCUUUCCCUCUGCGAACAUCUGAUCUACUGGAGGAUCAUUCUGACGAAGUCUGGCACGUUCAAUUUUCGCCUGACGGAACAAUGCUUGCUAGCGCGAGUAAGGACAAGACAGCGCUGAUCUACAGUGUACCGUCUUUCGAGCUGAAGCACAGGUUGACGGACCAUAGCAAAGGUGUCACCUCACUUGCUUGGAGUCCGGACAGCAAGAAACUCAUCACGUGCUCGAUUGACGCUAGAGCCAAAGUUUGGAAUGCGGAAACAGGACGUGUGAUCUCAACUUUCGAGCACAGGACGACAGAUAGCUAUGCUAUCACCGAGGCUGCAUGGGGGCCGGAUUCCAUGAGCUUUGUCACUGGCAGUCACAACCGCAGUCUGGCCCUUUGCCUUUGGCGGAUGGAUUCGUCGACUCCUCAGCACGUCUGGGAGGGUGGCUUCAGGUCAGACUCUGUGAUCAUCACGCCUGACGGACGACGGAUGGUUGUGGCAGACACCGAGGGUCGAUUGCAUUGCUUCAAUUAUCACACUUACCGAGAAGAGUUCUCAGUUCAUCUGGGCAGUCGGGUCACCGGGAUCAGUGUCAGCAGAGACAGCUCAUAUGUCCUGCUAAAUUUGGAGGCCAGUGAAGUUCACAUGUUCGAUCUCGAGAAACGGGAAACGGUCAAGACGUUCACUGGUCAAAAGCAGGGCAGCUUUAUGGUACGGAACUGCUUCGGUGGGGCGGCUGAGAAUUUUGUGCUCAGCGGGAGUGAAGAUGGUCUCGUAUAUGUUUGGCACAAAGAGAACACGCAGUUGAUCGAGCAACUCUACGGUCAUGGCAAGGGUCAAAGUGGUAAAGCAACGGUCAACACUGUGGAUUGGAAUCCUGUCGAUCCUGGCAUGUUUGCAUCGGGCGGCGACGACAGGAAGAUCAGAAUAUGGACCAACUCAGUUGUGCCCGCCGAAGCGAUACCCGGCUCAUUAGCCAGAGAGGCUCCUCGUCACGAGAUAAGCAGGACCAGCGCCAUCAGGUCGACGCUAUAA